UUCCGCCAAAUCGCUCUGCUCGCCGCCCUUGCGGUUCUCCCAACCUCCCUGGCGCAGAUAAGCGCCAAUUUUGACAAUGGAUGGGAUCAAACUUUAUGGCCCAUCUAUGCGCCUGACUGCAACCAGGGUGGCACAGUCACUCUUGAUACCACCACUGGACAUAGUGGAACUAGUUCCAUGAAGGUUACAAGUCCUGGCGGCUAUUGUGGACACAUUUUCUUUGGCACUACAGCAGUCCCUACCGGUGAUGUUUAUGUUCGAGUUUGGCUGAAAGCCACCAAUGCCCUUACCGCCAACCACGUUUCUUUCAUUACUAUGCCCGAUUCGGCUCAAGGUACUGGCAAGCACCUUCGAAUUGGCGGCCAAGAUCAAGUCCUGAUGUACAAUCGCGAGAGCGACGACGCUACUCUUCCCGACAUGUCUCCACAAGGCACUGCAACCUCUGAAGCGCUUCCCACCGGUGCUUGGGAAUGCUUUGAGUAUCAUCUAGGAACUGAUGGCAGCAUCGAAACUUGGUUGAAUAGUGCGGCCAUUCCAGGACUUACUACCAAGGGUAAUGCAAACGACAACGGAUGGGCGAAGAGUACUAUCAUCCCGAAGGUUACAGGUGUCUAUUUUGGAUGGGAGUCGUAUGGUGGUGAUGUCAACACUUUCUGGUACGACGAUAUCUCCGUCCAGUCAACUCGUGUUGGAUGU